UAGCGCGGCAUAGGGAAAGCGAGCGGCAGACAGAGAGCUUGCUUUCAUGGCGUUUACUUUUGCUUUCAACUGAUUUAAAUAAAAUCCGUGCAUAUAUAAUAAUCAAUAGUGUAUAGGAAAAUCUGUCUCUUCAAUGGCCGAUGUUGCUCGACUAUCUUUUAAUUCGCUCAGCUUAUCUUCUUCGGUGCUAACCUCCUUCAAAUCUCUGCAACCCGCUAUCCCGCCCAGUCAGAAAUUGUAUAAGAGGAUUCUAUCGGCCGCAAAUUGCCCUUCUACUACUGGAAUCGUCGCUCGAUUUCCUUUCAGACCCGCGAAGCAAUUCGAUUCCUUCAAGGUACAUGCAACUGUUGCUGAAACUGAACAGCCAAAAUGGUGGGAAAAAAAUGCAGGACCAAACAUGAUUGACAUUCAUUCUACACAAGACUUCUUGAGUGCUUUAAGUCAGGCUGAAGACAGACUAGUUAUAGUUGAAUUUUAUGGUACUUGGUGUGCUUCUUGCCGAGCACUUUUUCCCAAGCUCUGUAAAACUGCUGAAGAGCACCCUGAAAUUCUGUUCCUGAAAGUUAAUUUCGAUGAGAAUAAGUCUAUGUGCAAAAACUUGAAUGUGAAGGUGCUCCCUUAUUUCCACUUCUAUCGUGGAGCUGAUGGACAGCUGGAAUCUUUUUCAUGUUCACUUGCUAAGUUUCAGAAAAUAAAAGAGGCCAUUGAGGCGCACAACACUGCUCGCUGCAGCAUUGGCCCGCCUAAGGGUGUUGGAGAUCUCAACCUGGAAACUUUAUCUGCUCCAAAGGACACACAAGCAGGGUCCUCUACAACGUAGGGUUUAUUUCGAUUUGGGAAUUUGUCCAUAAUGUGCAUCCCUCUGAUUCUUGGCAGCAGCAAUGGACGACCAUAUGGUUGGUAGCUUUGGAAAUUUUAUUUUGUAAAUUUGCAUUGUUUUCCCAGAAGAAUGGAAAGCAGAGGAUGAUGCCCAACAGCUGGCUGAGAUUUCUGCGUCGGCUCAAACUUCUCUGCUUGUAAUAUAGUUUAGUUUUGCUCACCGAUUGCGGCGAAAAGAGAAUGAAAUUCAAGGCUGUCUUUUUAUUUAAUGAUGAUACCUUUGCUUUUGUGUUAAAAUUUUACUCUAGUCAAGGAGAUAUUUGUUAUUGCUGCAGCAAAACUAAAUAGGAGACCCAGAGCAGCCUGCUUUAUAGAUGCUCAGAUUUAUCCCUAUGUAUGCCACUGCCCCUUCUUUUAAUUAUAAGAAUUAAUGAAGAAUUGUUGUUUCCAAUC